AUGAAGCCACCAGAUGGCCCAGGGCAGGUACAUCUCAGCUCCUUCCUUUGCGAGGGGUCCUGGGUGGAAGUCAAGGGCGCACGCAUCUUUGGACGCCGUGGUUACCCGGGCCUGCUGGACAUGGCAACAGAAGGGACCGUGAUCUUCAACAACGUGGAAAAGUUGAACAAGGCGUUGGGUCCACUCCUCUUCAAACUGGCUGUGAAUGGUACGUACUGGUCCAAGGCGCGCCGCUUGGAGAGCAAAAGCAAGCUCAAAGUGAUCCUCAUUGCAGAGGAGAGGAUCGCAUGGCUACAGUCGAUGCUGACAGACAAUGCUGCACAGAUCAAAGUGCCGUCCCUACGAGUGAGGAAGAGGCUGCAGGCCUACGACUUCCCCAACAAUGUCCGGGAGCUGUUCUUCCUGGUUGACAACGCCUACCGCAACAUGGAGCCAGGAGGUACCAUCACAGCGGACCUUGUGUGGACGGCCCAGAGCGUUAAGAAGCUGGACAUCUUCAGAGUGAACUUGUUUGACAUCUAUCCAGGGCUUCGCCGAUUCUUACAGUCGGAUUGGCUGGAGCGCCUCAACCACGGCUUCACCAAGUAUGCCUUCGCAGCUUUUGUGAUCCUUCUGUUCAUAGGUCCUCAAACUUUUUCAGAGAACUUUGGCCUCAACCUCUUCUGGGCCUGGUGGUGGCCUGGCAUCCUCCUCACGUAUCCGAUUGUGGGCCGCUUUUGGUGCGCGAUUUGCCCCUUCAUGAUCUACGGGGAGGUGGUACAGCGCUGGCGGGUGGGCCAGGGGGCAGUGCUACAAAAGUGGCCCACGAAGAAGCUGGAGGCCUAUGGACCCUGGUUCCUUUACAUCCUCUUCUUCGGCAUCCUUCUUUGGGAGGAGUUGUGGGUGUUGGAGAACACAGCCUAUUUGUCCUCCUGCCUGCUGCUGCUCAUUACCUUUGGCGCCAUGGUAGGGUCCUGGUUUUUUGAGCGGCGAGUGUGGUGUCGCCAUCUCUGCCCCAUAGGUGGCAUGAACGGUCUCUAUGCAAAGUUAGCUCUUGUAGAGGUACGUUCACAGCAGGGGCAGUGCAAGGCAUCUUGCAAUACCUUCCACUGCUACAAAGGAGGCCCUGAGGAGGGUGAGGGACAGGAGACAGGUGGCUGCCCACUCUACUCCCACCCUGCCAGUCUCAAGGACAACAAGAACUGCGUGCUCUGCUUCACAUGCCUCAAAGCCUGCCCACAUCGCACAGUUCAGGUGAACCUGAGAGCUCCGGGCUUGGACUUUGGUUUCCCUUUCUUGUUCCCAAUCCCUGGCACCCGUGCAGCAUCGCAGCAUGAGCCGAGUUUACCAGAGCUUGCGCUGCUGUUCCUUCUGUUGGGUGCUGUUUUCUGCCACCAUCUUCAGGACCUGGUCGUUCAGACCGGCGCGCCGCCAAAUCUGCUGGAGGAUUUUGCAGUGCAUUCUGGGAUGGCAGUGGCAGCACUGCUAGCACCCGGUAUUUUCGUGUGGCUCAUGGACCGGUUGGCCCGGGGAUUGAGUUCGCUGCUCUAUCCGGAUCAGGUUGCGCUGAUCCUGGGGAAUGACUUCGUGGACUUGGGCUACAGCUACUUGCCCCUGACCUGGCUGGCCUCCCUCGCGCACUACUUGAAGUUGGGCUUGGUGGAUGCAGGGCAGGUGCUGCCAACAGCUGCCCGGACCGCCGGUUACUUUGCAGCAGCCAUGGCCCAGUGGGCACCUGGAGUUCCAGGCUCGGCCUUCGCGCAAGAGCAGCUGAAGGCUCUGGAGGAGUCCCUGCCGAGCCUCUCCGCGUCUCCCGACGUGGUCGCCUUCCUCCAGGGCGUCUCGCUGUUGCUGGCUGCUGUUUUCAGCUUGCAGAUGCUCACCAAGCUAGGUGGCAAGGCGCCCUUUGCCUGGAUCCACCAAGCAGCCAUCAUCUUGCUGACCUGGGAGCUCUGGCAGCUUAUUCUCUGA